AAAAGUUUUAUUCUUUCAAGUAUUGAACUCAUUAGCUGAAUAUCUCCCUGACUCUCUCUCCCAUUUUCUCUACUUGAAUAUCUACACCUCAUAAAUCACAAUUGCCCAACUCAAUCUCCCCCAAAACCCCCCAAAAAAUGGCUACAAUCCCACUCCUUCGCCUCUCUCUCCUCCCAAAAACCACCAUUAACACCCCCAAAAAAACCUUAAUUCCACCAUUUUCAAUCUCAAACCAUCUCUUCCACCCUCUCAAAUCUCCUCUUACCUUCACCAAAUUAAAAAUCCAAUCAAUACCCAUUUCUCAAAAACCUAAAUUCUUCAAAACCCAGAAAACAAUUUGCAUGUCUUCUUCUUCAACAACCCCUGCAACAGAUCGUUUAAUCUCCUCCAUUUCUUACUUUCUUCCCUUUCUCAAUGGCCUCCAUUAUGGUCGUUUCCUGUUAGCACAAUACCCGUCUCUCUCUAUCCUCUUUGAACCCAUUUUACCCUUUUUCUCUCUUUACAAAUCACUCCCAUAUGCUAGUUUUGUUUCCUUUUUUGCCCUUUAUCUGGGUGUUGUCAGAAACCCUAGUUUUUCUCACUAUGUAAGGUUUAAUUCAAUGCAGGCACUUGUUCUAGAUGUGUUGCUUGUUCUUCCUUUGCUUUUAAUGAGGAUUUUUACUCCUGGGAAUUCUGGAUUAGGGUUUAAAUUGAUGGUUAUGAGUCAUAAUUUUUUGUUUGUUUUUAUUGUUUCUUGUUUUGUGUAUGGAGUUGUUUGCUCUAUUUUGGGGAAGACUCCUUAUUUACCCUUUGUUGCUGAUGCUGCUGGAAGACAACUCUGAUCAAAUUGGAAAAUUAGGGUUUUGAUUUAUCAAGAUUUUUCUUUUGUUGGUGGGUAGAUUUUAGUUUAAAGAAUUUGUUAAUUAAUAAUGUAUUUUGUGCUUUGAGAUGAAUUGUUAUUGAAUUAGAGAAUUUUGGUAUACUUGUAGUGAUUAAUAGACUUUUUUUUAAUUCUAAA